AUGGAGCUGAACGCCAUGAAAGAGGCGAUUGAUCGUUUAACAGAGAAUCAAAACCUAUCCGCAUUGAAAUCUCAACAACUCAUCAAUGAGCUUAUCCAAGAACUAGAACAAGCCUCGUCGAAGCUUCUAACUUCCGAACGCGACUCCAUAAGAACAAUCCUAGAAGAUCUAAAAGUAAAGUUCAAUCAAGUCUCUCCUCUUUCUCAUCUCCAAGACAAUCAGAAGGAACUAAAUCUAGCAUUCAGCAACUACACCGAACUUCUAGGUAAUUCUUUCAAUCCUGACAUAUCCAUAGCUAAUAGAAACGUAGAAACAAACUAUCAAGCGGUUAACCAGUUGAUCGUCAGCCAUUUCUAUCGGCAAGGUAUGUUUGAAUUAGGCGAUUUCUUCCUUAACGAGUCCUCCUCCUCCUCCUCCUCCGAAACAGAAUUAAUCAGAAGUCUGUUCAUGGAAAUACAUAGAAUUCUUGAAUCGUUAAGUAACCUUGAAUUUGAGCCUGCACUUAGCUGGAUUGUUGCAAACAGAGACGUAUUAAGACAGAAUGAAUCUACAGACCUGGAGUUCAAACUUCACCGUCUACAAUUCGUAGUGAUUCUACAAAACCAGAAUGGAAUAGAGGAAAGUUUUGAAUACGCGAGAGAAUUCGUAACACAGUUCAGCGCCGAUCACAAGGUUGAAGUAAAGAGACUUAUGUCAUGUCUAUGGUGGGCCGGAAGGAUGGAGAAAUCUCCGUAUUCCGAUUUACUAUCAUCGUCCAACUUUGAGAACUUCGCCGACGAGCUAAUGCGGGAAUACUGUAAGGUUAUCGGCAAAUCUGAGAAGUGUCCGCUGAUUACGACGGUUACGGCGGGUGUAACAAAUCUGCCUAUAUUGCUUAGGUUAACGAAUUUGUUGAUUGGAGAAGGAGAAGGAGAAGGGAAAAAGGAGGAUUUGGAGACGAUGAUAGAUUUAGCAGGUCGGGUGAAGCCAGAUAAGGAUUUAAUGUUCCAUUUGAUUUUUGAAUGCUCGCUUUGCUGUGGAAAAGGAAACAGAUUGAAUCCUCCGAUCUGGAUGCCUUGCGGCCAUGUUUUAUGCAUGGUUUCUGUUGUGAGGUUAUGGAGGAAUACUGGCGGAGAAGACGAUCGUCCAUUGAAGUGUCCGUAUUGUGUUUCUGUUUCUAAGUUGAGGAAUUGUAAGCAAUUGUCCUUUAGAUGA